CCUGAAAACGUGGUCGGUGGGGGUGUCUUGUGUGUAUUAGUGGGUGUGUACAGCUUGUUUGACAGUUCUCCCUGGAAGGCGCUUAUGACUGUACACGGGCACUAGGCUCAAUUCUUGGAAUCUGUGCAAACGCUUGCUCUUUAGUUGUGGCACAAGCGCUCACACAACACUUUCAACAAACCAAGCAAUCGGUAAAGGGAAGCAAGAGAGGACAGAUUGGAAAUCAGACCUUGUCGCUUCUACGUACCUGAGAUACAGUUUGCAUUUAUGCUAUAUAUGUGUUAGUAUUCAGAUUCGAUUCGAUUUUGUUCAUUUUUAGCGGGUUGACACAACCCCCUCAUGCCCUAUGCACAAUUUAUUUUAUCUGUUCUUUGGAGAAGACGCUUUAUGAUCGGAAACUUCAUGACUCUUUCACCCAUAUCAACACGACUUCUCCUUACUGCUACACAGAGACAAACAACGUCAAUACAUUUAUAAUUCAUUCCAAGCAGCUAGAACAAACAACGAUGGAUAACAGUCCAGGGAGUGUGAUUCUCUAUGCAGGGUCCUCUGGCAGUGCCAGCCCCAGCCCUGGCAGCCCCUCCAGCGGGUACCAGACGCAGUCGCCGUCCUCCCACUCCCAGCCCUCAUCCCCAGAGGAGGUCUCCUUCACUGAGAUCGGGCCCCUGAAGCAGAGAGGAGGGGGCAGGGGCACCCCUCCCUCACCCAAGCUGGUCUUCCAGUUCCCCGAGGUCACCAACACCCCGGCCCCUGCCCCCGCCCCAUCUUCUGCCCCUUCCCAGCACACCUACUCCUACCCCAUCGUGGGAAAGAGGCCCUGUGGGUUCACCGGAACCUUCUCGAAGACUGGAGGGAUGGUGCUCCUGUGCAAGGUGUGUGGGGACAUCGCGUCAGGGUUCCAUUACGGAGUCCAUGCCUGUGAGGGCUGCAAGGGCUUCUUCCGCCGGAGCAUCCAGCAGAACAUCCACUACAAGAUGUGCGUGAAGAACGAGAACUGCCUGAUCAUGCGCAUGAACCGCAACCGCUGCCAGCACUGCCGCUUCAAGAAGUGCCUCUCCGUGGGCAUGUCCCGAGACGCUGUGCGUUUCGGGCGCAUCCCUAAGCGUGAGAAGCAGCGGCUCCUGGACGAAAUGCAGAGCUACAUGAACAGCCUCAACGAAUCGGCGGCCAUGGACAUAGACUCCUCUCCCCCUCCCGAGACCCCACCCAGCCCGGGGGAGAACCAGUCGGAUGAGGCCAUCGGCACCAUCUCCCAAGCCUACCGCGACAUCUUUGUGAGCGGGCAAGACAGACUGGGCAAGAAAGGCAGCAGCAACAGCAGCAGCAGCAACAACAACAAGAACAACAACAACUCUUCCUCAUUUCAGGGCAUUCCCUCUCCCAGCUACGCCCAACCUCACCCCCAAACUCUCCCUGCCCAGGGGUACAACUCAUACCCCGCGACAGGCUAUCAAGCCGCUCCCCGCUGCCCCGUCACCCCACGCGACAACAGCCCCACCUUCGCCUUUGUGGACAACGGCCGUAUCAGCUACCCUGCCACAUCCAAUCAGAGGCAGUCUCAGCUCAACGUAGCCCCGCCCCCUCAGUCCUACCCUGCUAACUACAACAGCUACUCCAACAGCGAGACCCAAAAUCAACCCUCCUGUCCCUGGAGGAUGAGUCCAGGCACCAAAGUUCUGGCGUGCCCCCUGAACGCGUGCCCCGUGUCGCCCGCGGGACGCUCCAGCCAGCAGGUGUGGGAGUCUUUCUCCCAGUGCUUCACGCCGGCGGUGCGCGAGGUGGUGGAGUUCGCCAAGAACAUCCCGGGCUUCCAGAACCUGAGCCAGCAAGACCAGGUCAUGCUGCUCAAAGCCGGAACGUUCCAGGUUCUGAUGGUCCGGUUCUGCUCGCUGUUCAACCCAAAGGAGCGGACGGUGACCUUCCUGAACGGGCAAACGUACCCGCUGUCGGCUCUCCGGGCUCUGGGCAUGGGCUCGCUGCUGGACGCCAUGUUCGAUUUCAGCGAGAAGCUUGCGGCUCUGGGCCUGGAGGCCGACGAGAUGGCGCUCUUCAUGGCCGUGGUGCUGGUGUCUGCAGACCGCACCGGCAUCGUGGAUGUGGGGGCAGUGGAGCAGCUGCAGGAAGGCCUGAUCCGCGCCCUGCGCUCCCUCAUCACGCGCCGUCGCCCCGACGACAGCACCCUCUUCCCCAAGCUGCUUCUGCGCCUGCCGGACCUUCGCACCCUCAACAACCUGCACUCCGACAAGCUGCUGGCUUUCCGCAUCGACCCCUAAGCCACCCCCUCCACCGGGGGGGCCCGGGUCACACGGCGGGAGAGCUCCGCGCAGCAGACUUCAGGUGUGACAAAAUGAGCGAAUAAGAAUCACCUGGGACCCUUUUCAAAAAUGGAGGGAGGUGGAUUCUUCUAGAAGGGCUGGACUGACGAUGGACGAAACAGCGGCGCGUAUGGCCCCUGGUUUCAUCGUUAUCGUUUUUUUGGUGUGUGAAAAAGACACGUCAAAACUUCCUGGGGGACUUCUCAGCGCCCUUCACGGGUCAUCACGUCCUCCCGUGCCGGUCGCCUCAACCCCGCCUCCCCGGGCAAUGCGGGAGGGGGGAAUGGGAGGGGAAGCGCGUUAGCCCCGCCUCUUUUUCUCAACAUUCAGCCCUGCUGCGCUGACCUUCUGAAGACCAAACAGCUACGUCUCAUCUGUCUCAUUCCUCCCGGUCUCUCCCACCAUUUCCAAUCCGCCAGCUGACUGCGCAAAAUGGCUUCCGAGAGAACAUUUACUCUCAACAAACUUGAAUUGUAUGUACAUGCAAGAGAAAGGGAAUCUGUACACUGUAUAUUUUAUAAUACAAAUGUGUAUUCAAGUGUAUACAUAAUGUACUAUGUACACACAAACAUAAAUAUAUAUAUUUUACUCAUUACCUUGAGUGAGAGGUUGCCAUUUUAAUACAUCAGUAGCCAUCUGUAUUGGAAUACAAUAGUGGAAUAGAUUGGCAACGCUAUCUUAGACUGCACAUUGCACAUGCACUGUAUUAAUCACUCGUUCCUUUGGGCUAUUGUGUCUAAAAAGACGGGAGUGCACAUUGGAAAUGAGCAGUUUCCAAUUCGGUUGUUUGAAAAUGAAGAUUCAUUAAAAAUGGAUGUCAAGAUGUGCAGCGAUAAAAAUGGAUCUUCGUAAUUCGCAUGGGCAACAUCUGGAACGCCGACACCACCAGCACAUUUAUACCCACGUUAUGUGGGCUGUGUAAAUAAAUUAUUUUUUUGUUGUUGUAAAUACUAUAAUGCUUCUGUAUUGAAAUGUUCUGGGUUGGUGAUUUUUCAGUGCCAGAUCAGAACCAUGAGAGUGAAUCAGGGGUCCUUACAUGAAAGUGUGUGAAUGUGUGGGGGAGAGGGGUGGGGGAAGGAAGAGCUGAGCCUAACUAGUAUCCCUGGUGGAUGGAAGGACCUUGGCAUUGGAGUCAAAUCAAUACACGACACACGCGCACACACACACUCAAUGAAACCUUUUAGUGGAGAAGGUAAAUCAAAAUCUGUCUUGCUUGACUGUAAUUUGUUCAUGACUUUGAUUAUGAUGAUUGAUUGCUCCCUGUAUAUUUUGUAUAUGUUUCCUGUUUAUCUUCCAUAGAAUCAAUAUAAAGAUGAUAUUAUAUACUGUU